AAAAAUCACUUUUCAGCAGAUUUGGUUUCCUGCAGAUGCCAAUUCCUUUCUUUGUUACCCAAAGGAAAAAAAAAAUAUAUAUAUCUGAAUUUAAUUUCUGGUGGAGAAGAAAACGGAUCAUAUUACCCACAAUGUGGCUAAAGAUAUUGGGGAUUCUAUUGGUACUUAAUACAAUGAAAGGAUGCUUAGCAACAGAUGGACUUCAACUACAGUCAUAUAUGCCAAAUGUAUGUGCAGAGCGAGAGCUGGUAGCAGUAGCACACAAACAACCCAUGGUUCAAGCGUUUAGUCGCAUGGUCAAAGUAUGGAAGCAGGGAUGCGCAGGACAACUGUGGUGCGUUGGGUAUGAGAGAAGAACAGCCUAUUAUACAACAUACAGACAGGUUUACAGCAUGGAUUAUCAGAUGGUUAAUAAGUGCUGUCCAGGAUGGUCUCAGCUCAAUGAUGAAAAGGGCUGUCAUUACUCUGAAGACAAGAAGUUUGAAGAAAACAAAAGAUCUAAUGCAGCUUGCAGCUCCGGGGUAUGUUUCAAUGGAGGAAAAUGCGUGCAAGGUUCAACCCAAUUGUGUCUGUGUCCGUCUGGUUUUCAAGGGCCUCGCUGCCAGUAUGAUGUCAAUGAGUGUGAGAAUGAUAAUGGCGGAUGUGAGCACCAAUGCUGCAACACAAUUGGCAGCUUCUACUGCAAAUGUGGAGAUGGGCGGAGUCUUAAGGAAGAUGGCAAAACGUGUCAGGAUGUUGAUGAAUGCCAAGUCCAUAAUGGAGGCUGCCAACAGAGAUGUGUAAACACCCAGGGGUCGUAUCACUGCGAGUGCAAGCCAGGCUUCCGACUCCAUUCAGACAGCAGGUCAUGCAUUCCUGUAUACACAUGCUCCGUUGGAAAUGGAGGCUGUGAACAUGACUGCGUACAGAUUUCUGCAGCACACUACCAAUGUCGUUGCCGGAAUAAUUAUCAUUUGAAAGCAGACGGCAAGCACUGUGAAUUAAAUGACCCAUGUUCCUCUAGAAAUGGGGGUUGUUCACAGCAAUGUGUCAGCGAGGGGGGGCAUGCUAAGUGUGCAUGCCACCCUGGCUACAGACUGGCAUUGGAUGGAAAGACAUGUGAAGACAUUAAUGAAUGCGUGACUGGCUCAACGGUGUGUGCCCACAGCUGUUUCAACACUCUUGGUUCCUUUCUUUGUGGCUGCAGUACAGGGUAUGAAUUGGGGUCUGACGGAAAACAGUGUUUCAGAAUCGAGAUGGAAAUAAUUAAUAGCUGUGAGAUCAUCAAUGGAGGGUGUUCUCACCAAUGUCGACAUAGCAAUACGGGUCCAUCCUGCAUCUGCCCUCACGGGUUUGAGUUGGAUGUAGAUGGAAGAACAUGUACAGAUACCGAUGAGUGCACUAAUGGGGCAUCCUGCUGUCAGCAAGAAUGUUCCAAUAACGCUGGGGGCUACGAGUGUGCCUGCUAUACCGGCUACAGGCUUAACCUAGAUGGAUGUGGAUGUGAUGAUAUGGAUGAAUGUUCUUCAAAUAAUGGUGGCUGUGACCAUAUUUGUGAAAACCUUGUGGGCUCCUUCCAGUGUGGAUGCAAUCCUGGGUACCGACUGGAUGAUGACAGUAAAAGAUGUAUAGCUACUCGUAACCCUCAGGAAACAAUUUUUGGACAGGAGCCUGUUGUCCGCUCCCUGCCGCAGGUUACUCUGUUACGGGAUGAAUUUGCACAUUUUUCUGAUGACGAAUAUAAUGACGAGGAAGAGGAGGCUGAAGCCAGAGGAGAACAUACUCUUUCAGAGUCAUUUGUUUGUUUUGAUGGAACAUUUGGUCCAGACUGUACCCUAACCUGUGAGGAUUGCACAAAUGGGGGCAUGUGUAAUGCAGACUUGGAUGGUUGCAUCUGCACGGUGGGCUGGACUGGGCUUACAUGCAAUCAAACUUGUCCAGAAGGAACAUUCGGCCAAAAUUGUAGUAUGAAAUGUAACUGUAAAAAUGGAGGAAUUUGUGACCCUAUUACAGGAAAAUGUCGUUGCCCUCGAGGGAUUACUGGAGAGUUCUGUGAGGAUGGUUGUCCAAAAGGAUAUUUUGGGAAAAACUGCAAAAAAAAGUGCAACUGUGCUAACAAGGGAAGAUGCCACAGAUUGCAUGGAGUAUGUUUUUGUGACCCUGGACUUUAUGGACGUUACUGCCAUCUAGCUUGCCCAAGAUGGACAUAUGGAAGUGGUUGCUCAGAAGAAUGCAAGUGUAACCAGCAGAAUACACUGGAGUGCAAUAAAAAAGAUGGACUUUGUAUAUGUAAACCAGGAUUCUAUGGAAUCUACUGCCAGACAAAAUGUGAUGUGGGUUUUUACGGAUUUGGCUGCAAGAGCAAAUGCAGUUGUCAGCCUGGUUUAUUAUGUGACCACAUAAAUGGAAAAUGUCAAAAACAGUGCCCAGAAGGAUAUCAAGGGGAAAACUGUGAGCAAGAGUGCUCAGAAGGAAAGUAUGGAAUUAACUGUCUGAAAUCAUGUUCUUGCCAUGGAGCUCCAUGUAACCAUAUUACUGGAUUAUGCAUCUGUCCACCAGGGAAAUUUGGAGACGACUGUGCAAAAGAUUGCCCAUCAGGCCGUUGGGGAACUGGCUGCCAGGAGAUCUGUCCCAAGUGUGAAAACAAUGCCAGCUGUAACCCGGCAACUGGGGAAUGUAUGUGCUCACAAGGUUUUACUGGCAGACUAUGCAAAGAGUCAUGUCCUCUUGGAUGGUUUGGCCAAGGCUGUCAGAUGAGAUGUGUCUGUCAGAAUAGUGCCCAUUGCGACCCAAUAACAGGAAGGUGUCAGUGCCCCCCUGGAUGGACAGGCUAUAACUGCAGGAAAGCCUGUGAUGACAGCCAUUGGGGAGAAGACUGUCUUAAAUCAUGCAACUGUAGCAAUAACGGUGGGAACUGUAACCCUGUCACUGGACAAUGUAUCUGUGAAUCAGGAUAUACUGGACUACACUGUGAUCAAAAAUGCCCAGAUGGCUGGUAUGGCAAAGACUGUGAACAUCAAUGCCAGUGUGCCAACAGUGCAACUUGUGACCAUGUGAGUGGAGCAUGUACUUGUGUAGCAGGCUGGAGAGGAACAUUCUGUGAAUUACCGUGUCCUGAUGGGUUUUAUGGUCCUGAUUGUGCAAACAGUUGUAAAUGUGCAAAUGGAGCCAAAUGUGAUCAUGCAUCUGGAUCAUGCAUGUGUCUUGACGGUUGGGUUGGCACCACAUGUAACCAGAAAUGUGAGCCGGGCAAAUAUGGGAAUCAGUGUAAGCAGACGUGUAACUGUUUAAAUGGAGCUACAUGUGACCACGUAACCGGAACCUGUUUCUGUUCCCCUGGAUGGACAGGGAACACCUGCCAGAAAGCUUGUGAUAAUGGAUUUUAUGGAGAAAACUGUCUUCAGCAAUGUAUCUGUAGAAAUGGAGGGACGUGCCACCACAUCACAGGGCGCUGCCUGUGCCCAAAAGGCUGGACAGGAUUGGCUUGCGAGCGAGAAUGCACUGAAGGAACGUAUGGGGAUGGCUGUCUACAGAACUGCAGGUGCCUAAACGGAGGUGUUUGUGAACAUGAAACAGGAGGCUGCAUCUGCCAUGCAGGGUGGAUAGGGGAAUCAUGUCAAACUGCUUGUCCGGUUGGAACAUUUGGCACACAAUGCAAAGAAAAAUGUAAUUGUCGACAUGGCGUCUCCUGCAAUCAUAUAACUGGAAUUUGUGACUGCCCGCAAGGGUGGAGGGGAAAACACUGCGAGAAACCAUGUCUGCCAGAAUCAUAUGGGGAUCGCUGUUCACACCUCUGCAACUGCCCCCAUGGAACUCCAUGCAAUCACAUCACAGGAGAAUGUGGAUGUCCACCAGGAUUUACCGGCAAUGGUUGUGAUGAAACUUGUAUUCCUGGAACCUACGGAUUACAUUGUGACAAAGCGUGCCAAUGUUCAGAAGAACAUCAAAACUGCCAUCCUGUGACUGGGGAGUGUAUAUGUGCUCCAGGCUACUUUGGGCAUAACUGUCAAUUAAAAUGUGUCACUGGGAUGUACGGCCCAAACUGUGAAAACCAUUGUAAAUGCAAAAAUGGUGGACAUUGUGAGCCCACGACGGGAACAUGCCACUGCCCAGCGGGAUACCUCGCAGCUGACUGUGGCACUGUAUGCCCUUCAGGGCGAUUUGGAAAAGGCUGUACCCAAGUAUGUUCCUGUGGUCCCAACGGAACCUGUAACCAUGUGACUGGUGAUUGCAUUUGUCCUCCUGGACGGACUGGACUGAACUGCGAAAAUGUGUGCACGAACGGUUACUUUGGAGAAGCUUGUCUGCAGAAUUGUUCCUGUAAGAAUGGAGGACUGUGCCAUCCAGUUAAUGGAUCCUGCCAAUGUGGAUUAGGCUGGACAGGAUUAACUUGUGAACAAGAAUGCCUUCCUGGAAAAUAUGGUGCAAAUUGUCAAAUGGAAUGUUCUUGCCAAAACAAUGGAACUUGUGACAAAAUCACGGGCGUUUGCAUCUGCUUAGCUGGGUACUAUGGUAAAUCAUGUGAACACGCUUGUCCUUCUGGCUUUUAUGGAGAAAAAUGUCAGGAAAAAUGUAAUUGUGAAAACGGUAUAUCUUGUGAUCACGAAACAGGGGCGUGCCAGUGCCCAGCUGGUUUUUAUGGAAACAAAUGUGAACAAGGAUGCGAAAAGGGAACAUAUGGACAAAACUGCCGUAGUCUUUGUGAGUGUGAAGGAAAUGCACCCUGUAAUCCAAUCUCAGGAGAAUGCAUAUGCCAUCCUGGGAGAACAGGCAAAUCUUGCGAUUUAGAAUGUAAGAUAAAUCAGUUUGGUCCAAACUGCACUUUCGACUGUGAAUGUGGGUGGCAUUCACAAUGUGAUUCUUCGAAUGGAAGAUGCCUCUGUCUUAAUGGAUAUAUAGGACCAACAUGUCAAGAAGGUGGCCCACCUCAGCUUAUAUCAGCACAAUUUGGGGGUCUUCUGAAUGUACAAGCUCGGACAUCAAAUAGAUCUCCAGUUAGGUACCUAAUACACGCCAGCAAGCACAGACCAUAGACAUUUUCUGGUAAAGAUUUGUCAUCAUAAAACCACUAAAUAUUUUGUACAUGGAUUAUACAUUGACGGUCCAAACGUAUUUCACAAGGUCAUACUGGUGGCAGAUAAACAGCAUUUGGAUUUUUGAAUACAUUAAAUAUUCAAGUUAAUUGGUGUUGAAUGUCAAAGCCAAAUGAAAAAAAAAAAGCAUGCAAGAUAACAGGUCAUACGUUUCAAAUGAUCAGGAUGAAAGGACAGCCCCAGAAUCUGCUAGAUUUAUUAGCCAACGUCUGGAAGACAGUUAACAUUCUACAUCAUCGAACAAUGGGAGACUGCUUAAUCUUUUAAUAAUUAGUUCUGCAUCCAAGACUGUUUUAGGUGAUUUAACUUUUGAAAGAGGAAAAGUCACAAAAUUGUGCAGACAACCACCAAAUGAAUAAUCAUUACUCAUAUUUUGGACACCUCUUGUUCAUGGCCAUUUCAAUUACCAAAUGGGAGACUACUUGGUUUUCAUUUUUUAUGUUUAUUAAGGUCUUGGUCAUUCUGAAAUGUUGAUCUAUUUAUGUUUAAAUAUUUAUAAGACCGAAUUAUA